AAAUAUCAAUGCGAAAAUACGAAAUUAAAAAUACAGACGUAGAGAUAAAAGAAAACGGAAUAGAAGCAAAAGACGCGGGAAUAUUUUUAUAACUAAACAAAUUAUAACAACAAAUUAAAACAAAAAACGGCCUCACCAUUGAUCAAUUUCUGCAACUGCAAGAGCGGAUACGUAACUUCGAGGGCAUGCUUGGCGGCAGCAGCGGGGAGCGUUUAUGCACGCCAAGCACUUCGGCCGGUCCGUUUCGCAUCUUCUCUGUGGCCGGUUUCCAGAAUCGCGCCAACGACAUUGUCUACUGUCCGCCCAUUGUGCGCCAGCAAUCACAACAUGUGGAGGACUCAAAGGCGAUCAUAUAUUUUGGCGGCGACGUGCAAGACUUUCCGGAGAGCAUGGAAACGAAUCGCGACAGUCGCGGUUACAUGAAGUACAAUUUGGAAAACUCUGCGAUAUUGCUGCGCGAAGCAUUUCCGCGCUCUCACAUCAUAGUCAUACGGCCGGUUCGCAUGGAAUUCAAGACGUUCAGCUGCUUCGACAAUUUUGUUCGGGGAAAUAACGCGGGCGUUCCAGAUCAUACGCCUAUGAACCAUGCGCUGCAACACUUAGAAAAACUGCUGCAGAAUCUGUCGCAGCGCCUGAUCUCAAUACCGGAGAACGAGAUACUCGAUCAAGCGGCGCAAGCCGCCGCAGCAGCUGCUGCUGUGGCUGCUGCUGCUGCCGCCGCUGCCUUGACGCUCUCCAAUGCCACUGUGAACUCGGAGUCCAGCUCAUCCUCAUCGACGGGCAGCGAUAGCAGCCAAGAAAUGGACAUUGAUAUACUCCAAGUGCAGGAAAAUGUUACUGUUGAUGCCGAUGGCGCUGUCAUCUUUCCCAUAGUCUCUGCUGCGGCGGCUGCUGCAGCUGCUGCUGCUGCAACCACGGAAACGGGCGCGUCAACAAAUAAUGUGUCAGCUAACAUUAACAAUGGCAAUAACAAAGAUGCUGCUGCUGCCCUUAACAGUCAUCAACAGGAGUCGCAUAGCCAACAGCAACAGCAGCAAACGCUUACAAAGGCAGCGUCACCGCCAACGACGAACAACGUGGAGCAUUGCAACAAUAGCAAUAAUAGCAACAACGAUUGUGGAGCGGUGUCCCAAGCCACAUUGCCAACGCAGCCACAGCAACCGCGCCCGGCGACACCGACGUCCGAUAAUAAUCCCUUGUGGUGGCGCGAGAAUCUCAAUUUAGACAAGUCCAAGCUGGUGCUAAUUGGGUUCAGCAAGGGCUGCGUCGUGCUCAAUCAAUUUAUCUACGAGUUUCACUAUUUGAAAACACUGACGCCGGACGAUAGUAGCAUGUGUCGUUUACUCUCGCGCAUUACAGACAUGUAUUGGCUGGAUGGUGGACACGGUGGCCAAAAGAACACAUGGAUCACCUCACGAAGUCUGCUCGAGACUCUCACAAGAAUGGGCAUGAACAUACACGUGCAUCUCACACCUUACCAGGUGCAGGAUGAUCGACGGCCCUGGAUACGGAAGGAGGAGAAACUUUUUACAGAGAUGCUGCGGCGAUUGAAUGCUCCAAUUACAAGGCAUCUGCAUUACGAUAAUCAACCGGCGAAUCUAAUGACACACUUUGAGGUGCUGCAAGCAUUCUGCCAGCAUGUCCAUUCACUCAACCAACAACAUCAGCAGCUGCAGCAGCAACAUGGCGGCAACAACGAGCAGCCAACAACGGCAGCCGCAACCAAUAACGGCGCUGGCAGCAGUAGCAACAAUCUUCUGGACGCCAGCGAAGAGGCAAAGUGACAGCUUCAAUUGCAUCCACAUCAUCAUAGGCGGCGUUUGCAUGCGAUGCGCAAAGGCGCCGCCGCUGCCAAGCGACUACAAUUGCAGCAGCUGCGCCAGCAACAGCAGCAACUGCUGCUCGCUACGGAUGUCGCAACGGCAACGUCAUUGUCGAUGUCAGCGUCGCCAUCAUCUCGUUUAGCCGCGGCACUGAUAUCCUCAGCGGUGGCUCUGAGUGCUGCAUCAACAUCGGCCGCGGCUGCCACGGCGAGCCUUGUAAAUAAUCAUCAUCAAAGCCAUAUGCAACAACAACAACAACACAGUUUGUCACGCCCUCACUAUCAGCAACAGGCACAGCAGCAAUCACAGCACUUGCUACACCACACAGCACAGCAACAGAAACAAUCACAUCAGCACUCGCACCACAGACAUCACCAUCAUCAUCACCACCAUCACCAUCAGCCAAAUCAUUCGCACAACCAUCAUCAGUGUCGCUCCAAACGCAAACUACAAAAAUUGUAUUAUACGCUUUGCCGUUAGACUUGUACACCUAAUUAAUUAAUUAAAUAAUUAAUUACCUAUACAUACAUUUUACGCAGCUAAUUUCGUUUAAGAGUAGGCUAAGUUCCUCUACUCCAAUAUCUCUCUCUAUCUUCCUCUCUCUCCGUGUCUAAACACACAUGCAUACAUAGAUCUGUUUAAAUGUAUUCCCAUUUGCGUGUCAAUUGAUUCAAAAUGUGAAAAGGUCGUCGAGUAAAUGUAAAGUUAUGUUCCAUUUUUAAAACUAUUUAUUUAUUUUUUUUUGUAUAUCUUAACUUAUUUUUUAAAUGGCUAAAACUGAAGCUGAGGUAACAUCUCGUCAGUGCAAUAUUUAAUUUUUUUUUCGUUAAUUUUAAUAUUUUAUAUUUUCCAAUUUUCCCUUGCAUCUACUUAUGUCAAAUGUAUACGCAUUGAAAUCACAUUUAGACGUUUCGUUCAAUGAAUUUACAAAAUUAAAGAAUAUUAAUUUUAAUCACACAAAACAGAGAGCCACAAAUAUCCAAACAAUAUUCUACAUAGAAAGAAAACAAAAAAAAACUCUGAUUAAGUAUUACUAUAUUAGUGUUUAAGUAAGCAUAAUUUAAGUUCAAAAUCCAUGCAAAACAUAUAUAGGCUUAUCAAAAAGAAACCUUAAAUGUAAUUGCCUUUACUAUACUUUAUUUAAUGAAUUUUGUAAGAUUGCAGAACAAAAAGAAUUUGCUCUAUGUAUUGUGUACGUAGUUUUCCCUUUGUCCUGCUGAAAAUUCAUAAGCUGUCCUUCCUCAUCCACCCAUCUCAAAGAAAAUAAAUAUGAAAAUCAACAUUA